AUGAAAAAAUUGAAGGAAGCGGUCAGUUCCAGAUUGAAGAAGUCAAGUUCAAAAGUAACUAGUAAGAAGAAGUUUGACGAUUCUGGUCGACCACAUCUUCCGAAGUUUUAUCCACUGUUACAAUUUUUAUGCAUUGCAUUUACAAUAUUUGCAUUUGUUGUUGCCAGCUAUUUGAACAUCAAAAGCCUACUAGAUCUCACCUGUCAGACUGUGGCUGACAUGAUUAAAGGAAAGACUCCAGAGGAGAUCUGCAAGACCUUCAACAUCAAGAAUGACUUCACACCUGAAGAGGAGGAGGAGGCCAGGAGGGAGAAUACUUGGGCCUUUGAGUAA